AUGCAGUCACCCGAGCAGAAGGCGUUGCUCGAUAUCAACCACACCCGACGGUCCGGUGGAAGUUGGCGAGACGAAGCACACGAGAUGGACCAUUCCUACGGGCAGCAGACGGGAGGUUACAACGUCAGUCCAACAGGAUCUGAUGCGAGUACGGCACAUAAUACGAAUACGAAUUACAGCCAGUCACAAGUCAUUGACGAUUCGUACGUUGAGAAUGGUCUUCAUCCGGUGCCGGAGCCAGACAAGAUUGUAGGCGCGCCGUAUUAUCACCAGUAUAACCAAGUACCCGGCAAUGGAAUGUCUAGCCAUCCUCAAGAACAAGCGGCAUCGAAGAGGAGGAUAUGUGGCAUGAGCUCGGUGAUGUUCAUGCUCUGGUGUAUACUGGGAUUCCUUCUAGCGCUACUGGCUAUCGUCGCGGGGGUAUUUGGGAGCAUGCUCGCAAGACAGAGCUCAGAAAUCUUAGAUCUCAAGGAUGUGGCAGCGACAAAAACAACCGACCCGGACACCAACGGCACCUCAACAACAGCGGCACCCGCAACGACGACGACAUGGGUUCAGGUAGUGGACUGGGAAUACAUUGGCUGCUAUGAGGACACCUCGAACCGCGUGUUCCCGGACAAGUUCACGCAGAUUGACGACCAGACGAACCGGCUCUGCGCGGGGGUGUGUUCUGGUUACGAGUACUUUGGCACCGAGUUUGGGGACCAGUGUUACUGUUCGCGGACGCCGCCGACGACAGCUGCGCCGGCGUGGAAUUGCGAUAUGCACUGCACUGGUGCGCAGACGUCGGAGAUUUGUGGGGGGUUCUUCUUUUUGAGUGCUUGGAAGAAGAAGGUCUGA